AUGCCGGCCUUUUUCUCGCGGGUCUUUCGCAGCAAAGACGCCGGUGCCACUAAGAAACAGGCGAAACCAACCACCACCGCCGACCCGGUCCCCGCAAAGCCCAAAUGGACCGACGCGUGGUCGCGGACGGAGGUGGCCCCCGAAGAGGUGCAGGACCUCAUCCGAGGCUGCACCCAGGAAUUGAAGGCCCGCGCGCUCGAUACCCCGUUCUUGCUUCUACCGUUCCGUCCGAGCUCCGAUCCCAGCGCCGCCCGCACCUUCGUUCGGAAUUAUUUCAACCAGUCCUUCGAGAAGGGCUCGCCUAUCAAUGGCGAUGCAUUGAUGCAGGAGUUGCGGCUGAAUGAGCCAAUGCCGCUAACGGGUACGCCUCGAUGGUUCAAACAGGUCCUAUGCAGCGUGAUGAAAUGGUGCUGGAGUAGAUUGCCCGGCGGUGUCGUGACAUGGGAGGCGUACGAGCUGUUCAAGGUUGGCGAACAAGAUUCGGAUUUGGCCCGCGACGCAUUUUCAACCUUCAUCCCCAUCAGCGUCGACUCCGAUGCCCGAACUAAGAUUAUUUUCGACUUCUUUGACCUCCUCGCCGCCAUUGCUGCCCACGGCAAGUCCAACGGUCUCGCUGGUCGCAAACUUUCCCGAUAUGCCGGAUGGUGGGCGUUUGAGCAUCAUGACACCGGCAAUGGCUUCGAGGCUUCAUACAAAAAUUGGGCGCUUUCCGCCGAUGCCACAAGCCACUUAUUCUUUGCUUACCUGCGUUCUCUCUCGCCCGAUGUUCCGCGCGGUGUGACGGGCAUCUCUUCCCUGCCCAUCUCCCUCCAGAGCCUUGUACAGGCUACCGAGUACCCUCCUGAUACCCCGACGCUUCUCCAAGUUACGACGACUAAAGUGGUGAUGAUUGUUGACACCGUCUCCCCCACUCCAUUCUCUCUACUGCGCCGUGCAAAGAAUUUCGAAUACCGCGAUGACCACUGGCAUCUACAGGAGUUUGCCAACUAUGAAGACCCCAUCAAGGCUCUGACUGAUGAAUGCUUACGUGUAUUGAAAUGUAUUUCAUCUACGAAUGAAUCCAGCGUGUCAAGCUCGAAGCAGUCUACCAGUUUGCGGGAUGCGUCAUGGUCACGCUUUGAAGAUAUUGGAUUUGGCGGUUCCAUCGAAUCGGACCCAGAGGACGAAGAGAACCACCCUCCGGCCUCAAAGACUGAGUCGCUUGGUGGUAUGAGGACCGCACCUCAGUCACAGGGUGGGGACUUAGGUCGACCCACGACUCCAUCCUGGGCAGAUUUCAUGUCGUCCGGCUUCUCGGAUGAGGCCGACCUCAAGGACCGCGUAGGCCCCUUACUGUUGCCACCAGACAAGGUCCUCCCACCGAUCGCGGCCACCCGAGGACAGAGCUCUCAAUCACACAAGCGCACCCUGGACAGCGAACCAUCGCUUGAGCCUGCCGAGCUGGCUAGCAUCAACACUUUAGACCUGGAUGACUCUUUCUGGUGGGUGUGGAUCACCAGUCUGUCUGGCGACGAGCCAACUGCCCGCAAGGCCGUAUUUGGCCGCUGUGCUCUCCUGGAGACUGUCAUUCGUGAUACAAAGUGGCUAGUUCUCGAGGAGCAGGUGAAGGGUGCCGCUCCCGAGCCAGAGGCGGGAGCUGAGAUUGUUGAGAAAAAGCGAUUUUUCAGCUUUGGCAGCCGGAAGGGAAACACGAAGCUGAGCCGUCGCAAGUCGUCCGCCAGAAAGGUUUCCUCGAUUGAGGAAUCGUACAAGCGUCCCGAUAACCAGGCUCCGCAGAGCAAGACAAGCAUUGGACCCGAUCAACAUAAGCGGAUUCAAGCUGCGGCUGCUGCUCUUCAGAAGAAGCACCGUGAGCAGGAAGCCGAGGCCAAACAGGCGCAGGCUCACGUCAAUAACGAUACCUUUUCGACCAAGACCAACUCAGUCCUGACUCUCCAACCCGGUAUCGUAAAUGAGGCUUCGUCUGCUAUGAAAUGGGCUAGCAAUUAUGAUAAGAAUGCCUUCCGCGCUGCCUAUCUUAGCAACAGCCGUGCAGGCACCGGCGCCCAUACUGAUGGUAUGGAUACAUCGAACAACAUCGAAUCAAAAGAGGCAACCGCUGAAGCUGACGCUCCGCCGCCUGCCCCUUUGCCAACUAGCACCUCUAGGACUGGCCCGCCGCCACCUCCCAAGGAUGCUACCGCUGUUGCAACCCCACUUCCGCCCUCGCCAGAGCCAGCUAGGAAAGAACUUGUGAAGGAGGACUUGCCGGAGAUCAACAAGAAGACCAAUGACAAGACCGUAGUUAUCGAGGACCCUGCCGAGUAUGAGUCAAAGCAAUCGGUUGAGGAAACUGGAAAGAAGCUCAAGAAAAAGACCGGCAACAGUGGCUUCAAGAACAUGUUUGGAGGCAAGAAGAAGACCGAGCAACCGCCUAUGAAGAGCACAGGCGCCAAGGAUACCUCCGUGGCUGCUGCUCGCGCCGCCCUGGAGGCGAAGGCCAAGGAGGCCCAGGAGUCUGAAGCUCGAUCCACCCCCAAGCCCUCUGUUCUUAAGAAGAAGCCCGUGCCUGUGACGACUGCUAUCACUGAAUCUACUUCAGCCCCGGCCCCGGAGCCCGAGAAGCCCUCUACGCCCAAGGAAAGCAUUGAAUCUGCCGCUCCUCAGUCUCAGGCACCAAGUCAGACGAUCGAAGGAAGCGGUAGUCCGCCCAAGACCCGCCGUGCCGUGGAAUACGAUGCUCUCUCCCGCGUCGAUACUAAUGAGCGUAACGCCGCCGAUCAGGAAUUCUCCAAGUUCGACCAGGGCCCCCUGGUUGAGCAGCCUGCCUUCAUUCCUGAUGAUUCGCCAGUGACUCCAACCGCGGAAGCUGGAUUUCCUGUUUCAAUAAAUGGACACGAGUCUAAGGCUGAGGCCACAACCGAUGCCGUAGCUGAGGCCGCACCCGAGCACUCUGAUCGGUUUGCUGCGGAGGAAGAUCGGUGGGCGCAGAUCAAACAAAACGCCGCCGAGCGCGCUGAAAAGGGCGAGGAGGAAGUCCGCACCAGCCAGUCUGAGGUAGACGAUGGUGACACCAGCGGUGAAGAAACUAUCGAGUCUCGUGUUGCUCGUAUCAAAGCCCGUGUUGCUGAACUCACCGGCAAUAUGGAAGCAGCCCGUUAA